UAAAUGGGUGGUAUGUCAAAAUUGUAUUUUAAAGGCAAUUUUAUAUUUGAAAUUUUUACGAAACAAACAAGAACCACUGGUUCUCUUACUCAUUUGAAAGGACAAGUUGUUCAUAAAGAACCGUGUUGUAAGGUAAAUAAUACAGAAAUAAUAAUUGAUGACUUUACAAUACGUAAAUUAGAAAAAAUCUCCUUGGUUGAAUUUAAUAAUGAAGGAGGCAUUCAUAAAUUAAAAUCUGCAAUUCAUUUUGCACAAAAACUCAAUGAUAUACAAUUAGAUAUCUCUGUACAGCCAAUGUAUAGUGUUUUAGAAAGUGAAAAGUUAGAACUUAGAGAAGACAUAGUUUUUGAAGGGAACUGUCAGCACAAAAUUUUGAAAAAUGCUAGAAUUAUAGAAGAUGAAUAUUUCAUUGCCCCACCUGACAAUAUACCAAAAAAUAAUUAG